CCGAGGAUUAAUGGACUGACCCUCGUUCACUACGCAUGACCGGCGGCGGGGCCGAUAGGUAGGAUGGCCAGUUUUAUCGAUCUGAUUCAGGACCUGGACUAGGUUCAGCGGAUCCCUUGAGGGUCACCUGCUGUUAUCAUUGAUAACAGGUAUAUAUAGUGACUUGGGGUUUUGGCUGGACUGCCUUGCGGUCGCACAUAUAUGUAUGGCUAGGAGGAGACCCACUAUGACUGUGAGAAGUGAUCGUCACAUAAUUAUUCCCCUUGUGUAUAUUUACUCUCGAAGAGCUGCAUAGCGAGAUGGCGAUCCAACGACAGCUGGCAGAGGCCAAGGCAGCGCAUCAUCAGGCCGCAAUAGAAGUUGCAGCAGCCGCGCAGUUACAGCAGCAGCAGACGAAGGCAAGUCAGAAUAAAGUUCGUUACCAAGCCACAACGGAGCUCGCCAACGAAGAAGCCACGUACCGGAGGGUAUUUCGACAGCAGCACUUUCACGCAAACGAAGAACAAGAGGAGCUGACCGAGGAAAAGAGAAGCAAGGAGGCAAUAGCAGUACUGAUGGAAAACGUGUUGUACACGUGCAAUUGGCAACAACGUGAACUGCUGGCCAUGCGACAAAUCUUCGUCCGCUACGAAACAACUUUUCAGACGCUGGAACAGAAGAUCACCGCCUUGCAGACCGCGAACAGCGACCAGCAGGCCAUCAACAACCAGCUGCAGACCACUGUCAGCACACGGUUGGCACGACUGUCUGGAGUUGAGUCGACGGGCAGUGCAGUGGCAGGCUGCAGCCCAGCUUUGGCCGGCCAAGCCAAACAACUCGAGGCGCGGAUCAACCACGUAGUCACAUCCCUUGGCGACAUCAGCAAGUUGGUCGGGACGUCUACGAUCAGCAAUCAGCUGCAGAUGCUCAGCGACCGCGUUCAACAACGAACGGCCACCAUCGUCAAGGAAUGGAAGAUGCCGAACUUCAAGAUUGAGAAGUUCGACGACUACCACAAGACUGAUCCGCUGCAAUGUUAUCUCACGAAGAUCGACCGCGAGCACGCAACGCAACGGUACGUGGACAUCGACGCGCCGCUCCUCUACAUCCGCAUUCAGAUCGGAAAGGCGACCUGCAUACUGGAUCGGCCCAUACACCACGGGAUCACUCUCGAGGACGGCGUCGUACCUCGGCGCGGAUGCAUUUAUCGAAUGAGCGAAGAGGAGCUUCAAGUGCUUCGGGCGCAACUAGACGACCUAUUGGCCAAAGGCUGGAUUCGCCCUAGCUGUUCGCCAUACGGUGCUCCCGUUCUCUUCGUCCGGAAGAAGAACAAGGACCUUCGUUUGUGUAUUGACUAUCGGAAACUUAACGAGCAAACGAUCAAGAACGCUGACCCUCUCCCUCAGAUAAAUGAUCUUCUCGAGCGACUAGGCAGCGCCAAGUACUUCUCGAAGCUUGACCUCAAAUCCGAAUAUCACCAGAUCGAGAUCCAGCCAAGAGAUCGGUACAAGACCGCAUUCAAGACGCGGUAUGGGCACUUUGAGUGGCUCGUCAUGCCUUUCAGUCUCACCAAUACCCCGACUACUUUCCGAGCGGCUAUGACGACGGAAUUCCGCGACUUGCUCGACUGCACCGUAGUCAUUUACCUUGAUGAUAUCUUGGUUUAUAGCUGGUCGCUGGACGAGCUCCUCGAGCACCUUCGAGUCGUUUUGGAGCGGCUCCGUAUCGCCAAGUACAAGGCAAACCGCCACAAGUGCGAGUUUGCCCAGCAAGAGCUCGAGUAUUUGGGCCAUUACGUUACGCCGCAAGGCACUCGUCCGCUCGCGGACAAAGUACAAGCCAUUCAAGAUUGGCCGGACCUAGCAUGUACUACCGACGUCCGCUCGUUUCUUGGUUUAGCAUCAUACUACAUGCGCUUCGUCAAGAGUUUCCAACGGGUCGCUGCACCAUUGUCGCGACUUCAGUCCCCCUUGGUGCCCUUCGAGUUCAAUGACGAAGCCCGACAGGCGUUCCAUACGCUGAAGACGACUUUGCUUCAGGCUCCCGUCUUAAGCAUCUAUGACCCGACCUUGCCAACCAAAGUGACUACGGAUGCUUCCGGCUAUGGCAUUGGCCCGGUUUUGGAACAGCAUGACGACACAGACUGGCAUCCGGUUGAGUGCUUCAGCCAAAAGGUGUCGCCCAUCAAUUCCCUUGAUGAUGCGCGGAAGAAGGAACUGCUAGCUUUUGUCACAAUACUUGAGCGUUGGCAUCACUUUCUCCUCGGGCGUCUGCGAUUCACGUGGGCAACGGACAACAAUCCGUUGACUUAUUACAAGAUGCAAGACACGGUGAGCAGCACGAUCGGUAGCUGGAUGUAUUUCAUCGACCAGUUCAACUUCACCUCCAAGCAUAUUCCAGGCCCCUCGAACAAGGCAGUGGAUGCUCUAUCGCGAAGACCCGAUCUUUGCACCCUGGUGCACUCCACAUUCGGCCUCGACGAGGACCUACAACAGCAUUUUGUAAACGGCUACAAGUCGGAUCCGGGAUUCUCCACACUCUAUGCGAACUUAUCAUCGGAUCAUCCGCCGACAAGCAACUAUCGCAUCGUCGACGGCUACUUGCUCCUCCAUACGCGAGGCAAGGACUUGUUGUGUCUCUCCAUUGCUAUGGAUGUGACCGGUCCUUUCCCUCGCGAUCGCCUUGGCCAUGAUGGUAUUCUCACGGUCGUCGACCGUUUGAGCAAGUACGUUCGAUUUCUUCCGUGCAAGUAUCAUGCGACGGCUCCCAAGCUCGCACGACUCUUGCACACCGGCUGGUUUUGCAGCCACGACGUUCCAGAAGACAUCGUCAACAACCGCGACACUCGUUUCAUGUCAGCCUUUUGGACGGCACUCAUGGUGGAAUCCGGUACCAGUAUGAAACCAAGUUCUGUACGACAUCCUCAAACGGAUGGGCAAACGGAACGUGCGCACCAGACUGCGCAGAUGAUGCUCCGUACACUCAUCCACCCGGAUCAAAAGGACUCGGUUGACCGCCUUCUCGACAUCGAGUUCGCCUACAACACUUCGGUGCACCUGACAAUCGGCGUGACUCCAUUUGAGUUACAUCAUGAUGGACGGAAAGGCCGCAUCUUCGCAGACAUUUUGCUUCCACGAGCUGCCGACAUCGAUGCCACUUGCUCCCCCGCUUCUACACAGAAGCCUGGUGAGAGUUUGUCCAUGGACUUCAUGGAUACACUGGUAACCAGCAAGAGCGGGAUGAGACAUAUCUUCGUCAUUGUGGAUAGAUUUAGUAAGUAUGCUAGGUUAGUUGCAGUGUCGGAAACAGUGAAGACCGAGCAUGUGAUUAGACUCUUCAAAGAGAACUGGGUCAGAGACUUUGGGCUGCCAAAGUCCAUUGUUAGUGACAGGGAUGUCCGAUUCACAAGUGAGUUGUGGAAGGCUGCAGCAGCAGAACAGGGAACACAGCUGCAGAUGACUUAUGGGAACCAUCCCGAGGCCAAUGGACAAGCAGAGCAACUCAAUCGCGCUGUUCAACACCUGUUGCGGCAUUACAUCAAGCCCAAUCAGGUGAACUGGGAUGAGAAACUUGCUCUCAUCGCCAGCCUGUAUAACAAUGCGGUGCACAACGCAACUGGAGUAAGUCCUAAUAGUCUGCUACUGACUUUCAAGCCCAGACUGCCCCUAGACUUUCUGCUACCUGACAAUCAGUCAGCUGCUGCCCCCGGCACCCUUGAGUUUGCCUAUCGCUAUGAACAACUGAUGCAGAAGGCAGUAGAACAGAUGCAUAAGGCACAGGCGGCAAUGAUAGAAACAGAGAACAAGCACCACUGUCCUUCUACAUUUCAGGUAGGGGACAGAGUCUGGGUAAAAUCCUCAGAACUGGGACAGGAGCACAGGAUCUCCCGUAAGCUCAUGCCACAGUACUUUGGACCAUGGGAGGUUCUAGAUGUUGUUGGGGAAGAUCCGGAUGGGCCAUCCUAUGUCAUUCGGAUCCCUGGUCAUCUCCGCACUUACCCUGUCUUUCACGCCUCCAAGCUUGCACCACUCAGAGAAACUGACCAGUUUCCCUCUCGUCGUUCUAUGCUGCCCCCAACCAUGGAUGGAGAAGUCGACAUUGACAGCAUCGUUGACCACAGGGAGAUGCCAGUUCCAAGACCAAUAGGCAGAGGACGUCCUCGGAAACCGAAGCUGCAGUAUCGAGUUCAGUUCAGACAUCACACUGAUCCAAAGGAGGACCGAUGGUUCACAAGGGAGGAACUGAUGCAGACCGCUCCACAGUGGUACCCCAACUGGGGCCUUCCCUAUGCAGUGCGUAACAAGGUGAUGAUGGCAUCCACCAUAGCCAGGUCAACAGCAAGACAGUGCUACCGGGUGUUUGUGCAGAGAUGGCCUGAUCGAGGAAGACGGCUCUUCAGCCUCUUUGAUGGGAGCACUCAGAAGCUGCUGACAGAGGACGAGUCUGUGACUUCAUCAAAGGUAGCUUCUCUUUCGCCAUCUCAUGAUUUGAAGGGUUUUGGAUUUCGCCAUGCUGUCUCUGCUGGGACUGCCCAAUUGAGUACAUCCAACCAGAAUGUGAAUGUGCCAUCUAGUCAUGGAUCGGUGUCAGCUCCAGCAGGCCAGCCGGGACAGGGGCUCAGUCUUCUGACAGCACAACAGGCCACAGGUGGGGGUGGGACAGGCAGUGGUCCUGGAAAUGGAGCUGUGAAUGGAGGCAGUGAAGGUAAUGGAUAUCAACCCAAACCUUCAAGGGUUCCUGUUGUUGCCCCUCCAUCUCCCACUCGGGCAGCAGCAGCACCUGCUCCAGGCUAUGUCAGUUUAUAUGCACGGAGAGCAUGUGAGAGAUUUCCACAAAAGGUUGGUGGUGGUAAGGUGGUUGGAGAAAAGGUGGGGGUAUUGGAGUCUGAGAACUUAAGUACAGAGGAGCCAGGAAAUUCUUGUGAAAGGCCUCUUCCCUGCCGUGCGUCUGCUUCAUCCGGAUUAGGCGCAGUUGCCAAAAUGCCCUUGGAGGGCUUGAAGCCCUCAAGACUGGAGAUCAACAGAGGAGACCUGACAGGAGGGCUCGUACUUGCAAUUCCAUCAACACAGGGCCCAUCCAAUGGUCCAUCCAAUCAGAAUUCACCCCAAACAUCCGCUUCAUCGGCCUCAAGUACCGGUGCUGCUCCACAAAGGACAGGGGCUACCUUGGAAGGUGCAAGACGGGUGCUGAUGUCUCAAUCACCAGUGCACGGUCUUGUAAGGGACAGCGUACUUGGAGCUGAUGGAAUAGGAUUAGAUGGCAAUAUAAAACAUUCAGGAAACGCAGUGAGUACUGAAGUUAGUUUUCCGGCGGCAGCCCCCAUGGUGUCCUCGAGAAGGGCCAUGGCAGCAGAUCGGAACACACCGAGUGGCAGGUAUGCAGAGGGGAUAGAUCAUGCUGCGGAGGAAACUGCAGUUCAUACAUCUUCUGUGAGUGAUGGGAUCACAGGCGUUGCCCCCAGACAAGGGAGAAGGGCUAUGGUUGGGUCUGGAAGUGUUGGGGGAGGACUAGUCCCAUUGAAUUCCAUGUGUGGGAGAGGGGGAGGUUCGUCAUAUUAUGCUAUGCAUGACGAUGAUGAGAGAUCUGUUGAAAGUACAAAGUCGAGUGACGAUGACAGUCUUGGCACAGUGGGAUCAAGCCUGAUGCCCACAUCCAGAGCUCACAAUGUGCAGACUGGAGGUGGCGGGUGGUUGGGGAAACGUGUCUAUACAUUGGAGGAAAAAGCCAAGAUUUAUGAGAAGCACGAGGCGGAUGAGGCAAAGGAGCGUGCGGCGUGUGAAGAGGCCGAACGGAAGAAACGUGAAAAAGAUGAGGAGGAUAGGCGUUUGCGUGAGAAACAGGACCGUGACGAGUUCCAGCGUCAGAUGAGGCUUGAGUUGACGGAGAGCUUGGAUAAGGUAUUGAGAGGUGAUGUUGCGUCUACCAGUGUUGCGGCUCGCUCUUCGGAGGGUAAGGAGCUUGCUCGGUUACGUCGUGAACAGGCUGAGACAAAAGCUGCUGCGGAGAAGAGAUUGUCUGCACUUGAGGAGGUGGUGUUGGCUCUGCAACGCCAGUGUGAAGAAGCGGAGGAAAAUGCAGAAAGAUGGAAGUCCGAGGCUCUUCGUCCCGGGAACAAGCGGGGUUGCAUCACGGUCGGCCCAACUCCAUCCUCUCAAGCUCGUUUCCUGUUGCGUACGACUGCCGGGGAAACACCGAAGAGACACGUGGAAAUUGAUCUCAAAGGUAUUGUGGAACGACACCAAAUGGAGGUUGAAGCGUUGCAGAAGUUGCGGAUUAGUGAAAUGAAUGCACGCAAGGAAUCUGAAGAAGAGGUUGAAAGGCUCAAGGAAUUGCUGGCGAAGUUGGACAUGGAGAAAAAGACUGUUGUGCGUGGUACUAAUUUGAAAUCAAAGUUAGAUGAAGUUGCCGCGAAGGAGAAGGUUGUUGAGAAUGAGGCUGGGCCUUCAACUCGGAAGGGCAAGGAGAAGGCUGUUCCUGGGUCAGCAUCCAAAUCGGUUGACAGGGAUGCAUUUGUUUGUGCCAACCGACGAGAUCUUCGUGGAAAAAACAAGGAAGCAAUCAUGGGAAUCUGUGAAAAGGAAGGGGUAACUUAUACAACCUUGGAGCCGACGAAGGAGGCUAUCGUUCACGUAAGAGCAGCACGGGCGUCUGACGAACCCGGUGGUAAGAACGAUAAAGCAUGUGGAGAUGACUUGCCUGGCCUCCCGGAGGCUAUUGCUGGUGCAUACCUGGGAACUGCUGACUGGUCAUCACGCGUUACGGCCUUUGUCACACUGCGAAAGGCUCUGCAAAAUGGGCAGAGGGGUGUAUCUGAAGUUCUUGCAAACUUUGAAAAGAGGGAAAGGGAGGCAGAGGCAGCAGCCAGAGCCACAAGCAUUGCUGAACAGGUGGCCCUCCUUACGGUUCCGAAAUCGAAUGAUGACCGGUUCCGAGAGAGGAUAGCUGCUGCCGUAGCAGCCUUGGUUCGACUGCGGACCUUGGAAGACCUUGAGUCCUGCGUGACAGCACUGAAGCAGCGGAACCAAGAGCUGCAGGCUGAGAUACUCAGCCUCAAACAGUCCCAACUGUCUGCCCCUCGUCCUCCUAACCUUCGACCUGCUGCAGUCCCAGUCUCUCAACCUAACACAGUCCUCAUGACAAGAGCAAGUGGAACUGUGACGAGCGCAGGAACCGGUGCCAGCUCCUCAAGCGGCAGCGCCGACAGUUUUGCACUGGUCAUAGUCCCAAAUGCAGGAACAUCAGCCCAAAACGCCACAGUUCUUACUGGCGUACAGUACAGCGGUCCCGUAGUGGACAAGUGGGCGGCCACUCUGCCGUCCAAGUACGAUGGGAAAGGGGACAUCACCUCUUGGAUUAGCGCCAUGCGCUCAUACUUCGAGGUACUGCGAACACGGCAGGAAGAUCGAAGCAUGGUCAUGGGCACAAAUACUGAGCCCGUCGUACGGAGUUUCAUAGAACUCCAAGCUGUUACAGCAGGUUAUGACAGGAUUGACCUGACUGAGUGGCUGAAAGUAACUCCUGUAUGCACUCUUGAGGACCUUCUCAUCACACAGUACCAAGAUAAGCACGCUGCGCUCAAGGCAAGGCUGAAGCUUGAGGCCCUCAAGGACCAAACGUGGAGGACCUCCAUGCAGGCUUUGGAACAACACUUGACUAGUCUAAAGAAUGUUUAUCCUUUGCCUCGCAUAGAUGAUUUGCUAGAUGCGGCAGGUGGGUGCAAGGUCUUCUCCAAGCUCGACCUCAAAACUGGCUACCACCAGAUUGAAGUUGAUCCGAGCGACCAGCACAAAACUGCAUUCAAGACACGCGAUGGGUUGUACGAAUUCAUCGUUAUGCCCUUCGGUCUUACGAAUGCACCAGCCACAUUUCAGUGCCUCAUGGACAAGGUUCUUCGCCAUCAGCUCAACAGGUUUGUUGUUGUUUACCUCGAUGACAUCCUGAUUUUCAGCAAGUCCAUGGAAGAGCACGCCAAGCACCUUGAGGAAGUUUUGCAGGUCCUCAAGGAGGCACAACUGCACCUCAACUUAGAGAAAUCUGAGUUUGGAAGGGACAGCGUCAUCUAUCAGGUCUGAACCUGCAGGCGAAAUCCGGUAAGUACAAUUAUAGACAAUUUUGUGACCUCGCGUUGUCGUAACAAACACCCUUACAAGGG